AGUGUUGUAUGUAAGACUACCCCUUCUAGCUUCUUCUGCUUCCUUUUUUUCUUCUUCACCUAAUUAGGUCAAUAGCAGCUUAAUUUUGUGAAGUGUAUACUUUGUAACAAUAUUGAUGAACAACGUUGAUAAGAAUUUCCAAUUAUCAGUGGCCUGUUUGGCUAUAGUUAUAGUGUUUAUAGGUUUGUACACUCAAUCUUUACAGAAAAUGGUGGUCACUUACUUUAUUGGUAUUCUAGGGAUCAUGGGUGUGCUUUCACCUGAUUGGGAAUCCUUUGAUCAGAGUGUCUCCCAAUGGUGCAACCCUCUCAAGGUGGAUAAUUUGACCUUUGAAUCUGACACAUCAACAAGGUUUAGGUUCUACCCAGUUAGAGUGGCUAUCUUCACGAUUGUUUAUGGAUUUGUUCUAUACAAGUGGUGGAUGUUUAUAUCCAGUGAAUGAAUAAAUUCACUAUGGCAAAUUUCUCUUGCUUUCUAAGAAUGACAAUGCACUCAUAUUUGGUAGUAGUUUUGUUUUGUUUUUUUUAUUUUUUAUUUUUUAAACUUUUUGUGUGAUAUUAGCAUCUUUAAAUUUAGAUACUGCAAGUAAAAACAAACGUGAAGGAUUUGAUCAUUUGUAUAUA